UGGCAGGCGGCAUGGGGCUGUGAGCCGGCCGGCCAGCUCCCAGGCCCGUGCCCGCCAUGCCAGGCAAAGCCCAGCACUUCCAAGGUCCCCAGGUCAGCUGCUGCGCCAAGUACCUGCUCUUCGCCUCCAAUGUGCUGUUCUGGUUGCUGGGGGCUGCCUUCCUGGCCAUCGGUCUGUGGGCAUGGGCAGAAAAGGGCGUGCUUUCCAAUCUGUCGUCCAUCACAGACUUGGGCGGCUUUGACCCCGUCUGGCUGUUUCUCGUGGUUGGAGGGGUGAUGUUCGUGCUGGGCUUCGCAGGCUGCAUCGGGGCCCUGAGGGAGAAUACGUUCCUCCUCAAGUUUUUCUCAGUGUUCCUGGGGCUUAUAUUUUUCCUGGAGCUGACAGCUGGCGUCUUGGCCUUCAUCUUCAAGGAUUGGAUCAAGGACCAGCUAAACUUCUUCAUCAACAACAACGUCAAGGCCUACCGUGAUGACAUUGACCUGCAGAACCUCAUUGACUUUGCUCAGGAAUAUUGGUCUUGCUGUGGUGCUCAUGGGCCGAAUGAUUGGAACUUCAAUAUCUACUUCAACUGCACAGACUCCAAUCCCAGCCGGGAGCGAUGUGGAGUACCCUUUUCCUGCUGUGUCAAAGAUCCUGCGGAGGACGUUCUCAACACCCAGUGUGGCUAUGAUGUCCGCCUUAAAUUGGAGCUGGAGCAGCAGACCUUCAUCCAUACCAAGGGAUGCGCUGUCCAGUUUGAGAAGUGGCUCCAGGACAACCUCAUUGUGGUGGCUGGGACCUUUGUGGGCAUUGCCCUGCUCCAGAUCUUUGGUAUCUGCUUAGCUCAGAACCUAGUGAGCGACAUCAAUGCCGUGAAAGCCAACUGGUGACGCCAGAACAGAGCCUGUGCCGUCUUCCACAGACUCACAGCGCCCUCUGCAGGACUGGAGCCACAAUCCCAGCAACCACCACUGAAGGAUGCUUUGCCAUCAAGCGGCUGGGGUGGGUGGGUGUAGCUAUGUAUGUUUUGGGUCAUGGCUGCCUGGUGCCCUUAGUUGUGGCACGCGUGCCAUGUGAGUCAUGGAUGGCAAUGUGAAUAGUAUUUAUACAGGCCAUUCUGUUCAGGGAUCCCUCCACCCCUGGUGUGGACUAGAGCCAGGGAGCCAGUGGGACCUGGAAGACCAGAGGCACGUGGAGCCCAACUGAGACAGAGGCUGCUCUGGAUUCUGUAGGCUGCCACUGAAACCCCCUGUUGAGGAGGCACGGCCCAUGUGGCUUUCCCUCAGGAACCUGGCGGAACUGUUUAUCUUGCCUGGAGCAGCCCCAGUGCUCCUGCCCUCCCUUCCCCAGUCUCUACUUGAAAUCUCUGGGCUCCCCCUCACCUGACGUGGCUCAGGCCUACUCACCGUCCGGGGGAUGUGAGAUUAAUGGGCUCCCUUGUGCAAAUGGAGAGUGAAUGCUCCUGUCUUAUCCCGGGAUCACAGUGCUAGUCUCUGCUUUCCCCGUCUUGGGAUCCGGGAUCAAGCCAGAAAGGGUUCUCCAGGACAAGAUGCUGCUGUACCUCAUUUACCAUAGCAACCCUCAGCUGCACCUGCUGGGUUAUUCCUCCCCCUUAAGUUGGGGUGGAAUGUGCCCAGAUGGAGCCGAGCAUGGGGCCGUCCACACUUCCCUACCGAGAGAGAGAGCGCAGAAAUGUGCGUGAAAGCCACGUUGGGCAAAAACCCUAAAAUGUGACACUAUAAAAAAGAGAGAGAGAUGGGAAAAAAGGCUCUGAGCAGAUGGUAAUGCUCAUUUGUGUAUUUGAACGAGAAAGAGAGACUACGUGCAUGUUUGUAUGUAUGUGUGACUAAUUGGAGCAUCCAUUUCCUUGUGUGAGGAAUAGGCAGUCCUUGUGUGGUACCUUUUCUGAUGAGUCUCUUUGCCAGGGAGAGGGGGAGCAGACAAAACCCAUUGCCUAGGCUGUUCCAAAGUCCAGGCUUGAACGAGCAUGAUGUCUUUCCUUUUGAACUGGCCCUUGGCCCCUCGCUUCAUGGACCAGCAGGGGAGAUUGCCUUGGCAAAAUGGCAACAAAGGGCUUUUGUGCCAAGGGCCUUGUCCAAGCUUCUGGCUUUGGUUCUCUCUCUCUUGGAUGGGAUUCUGCCCUGCUCCCCUGGAUUCUGCUGCUAACAGGACUGAUUGGGUCAUAUGGGUGUCUGUGACCUGCUGUGCCC